UAUUCUGAGAGGUCAAAUGUCACGGGUCACCUGAUCUCCUGUGACCUUUCUCUCAGCUCAAAUCCACGUCUUUAAAGUCCAGCAGAAAUCUAUAGGAUGAGCAUCUGACGCGAGAUUCCAGAUGCAGAGUUGGCGAGACCGAGUGGAAGCGUCAGGGAUUGGCCACUGGCGCGCGCGCGAGGAACGCGAUUGGACCGCCAGCGCGUCAAUCAACGCGAAAUCUCCGCCCCUUUUCAGCAGGGUCGGGUGCGCGCGGAGCACCUCCAGCUGCCCAAACAGAAGACGCAGGAGGAGUAGAGGGCUCGGACAUGGGGAGAAAUCAGCACUGGCCCGUCUGAUAGAGAUCAGUGUUUUUAUUCAUUCUAAAGGAGGCGGGAAAAAACCCGAGAGGCCUUAGGAGAGAGAAAAAUAAGUAAAAACAAAUACGGAGAGAAACCCAUCCCUGGCACAAAGCUGGACGUAAAUCAAUGGACUGAAUGAAGACUGCCUAUAACGCCUAUCGAUGCCUGGCCAAGGAUUUGGAUGUGUACGCCAUGAACCCGGAGAUGACAAUGGACAUUGGCAGCUUAAGCCAUGAGCAGGACUUGAUGAGCGGCCACAGCCCCCAUCACAACCGCAAUCCGGGGGCUUCCUUGCGGAUACACCAGGAUCUGACCGUGGCGCCGUCGCGCUCCGCGAUGGUCUCCAGUAUGGCUUCGAUUCUGGACGGCGUCGGCGGCGGCGGAGGAGAGUACCGUCCCGAGCUGUCCCUGCCGCUCCAUCACGCCAUGAGCAUGCCCUGCGACACCUCCCCAUCCGGGAUGAGCGGCACCUACACCACGCUGACCCCUCUACAGCCGCUGCCGCCGAUUUCCACCGUGUCCGACAAAUUCCACCACCAUCAUCACCAUCACCAGCGUCUCUCCGGGAACGUGAGCGGCAGCUUCACCCUCAUGCGGGACGAGAGGACUCUACCAGCCAUGAACAACCUCUACAGCCCCUACCACAAAGACAUGAGCGGGAUGGGACAGAGCUUGUCCCCUCUGGGCAGCGGCUUGGGCUCCAUCCACAACACGCAGCAGACGCUCCACAACUACAGCCACGAAAAGAUGCUGAGCUCCAACUUCGACGCGCACACAGCCAUGCUGACCAGAGGGGACCAGCACCUCUCCAGAGGCCUCGGUGGCCCCGCAGCGGGCAUGAUGCCGCACCUCAACGGGAUGCACGGGCAUCCGGGUCACCCUCAGUCCCACGGGCCCGUGUUGGCUUCCAACCGGGACAGAUCGCUCUCCUCCUCCUCCUCCACCGGGGCGCCGGGCUCCGGCUCCGGGCAGCUGGAAGAGAUCAACACCAGGGAAGUGGCGCAGCGCAUCACGGCCGAGCUCAAGCGCUACAGCAUCCCGCAGGCCAUCUUCGCGCAGCGGGUGUUGUGCCGCUCGCAGGGCACGCUCUCCGACCUCCUGCGGAACCCCAAACCCUGGAGUAAACUCAAGUCCGGGCGCGAGACGUUUCGCCGCAUGUGGAAGUGGUUACAGGAGCCCGAGUUCCAGAGGAUGUCGGCCCUUCGGCUUGCAGCGUGCAAAAGAAAAGAGCAAGACCCAAGCAAAGACAGGAGCAGUACACCAAAGAAGUCGCGGCUGGUUUUCACAGACCUGCAGCGGCGAACACUUCUGGCCAUCUUUAAGGAGAACAAGCGUCCGUCCAAAGAGAUACAGCUGACCAUCUCGCAGCAGCUGGGUCUGGAACUGACCACUGUCAGCAACUUCUUCAUGAACGCCCGCAGACGCAGCCUGGACAAAUGGCUGGACGAGGGGAGUCCGACCUCCAGCACUUGUACCGAAGCGUGAUCCCCGAGAGGAGAGAAUCACGAGAGAAGGGCAACGAGACGAGAGAAGCUGCUUACCGGCUCGAGUCGUCCAGACAUCAGGAAAAACACUGCUUUCUCUGCUCCAGUCCAAGCAACUGACACCAAUGAAUGAUUAAAACCAAUCAAAAACAUGCUUAACUUUACAUUUGGCUUUGAACUGAAGAGAAACCCAAAGCAUCUGCAUUUCACAUCUACAUACACUCGAUAUUAGCUUUGAAUUUCAUUUCCUGAAGUGUGUGUGUGUGUGGAGAUAGUUUAAGUUAUAAGAAUGAAUCUCACAAAAACAAGUCCAGGUCACAUUUAUUGCAAUAUUUAAUAUUCUGCUAAUAGAAUAUUUUUUGUCUUGUUUUUGAGUACAAAUAAUAUACAUUUGCUUGAGAAACAAAAAAAAAAACAACAAAAAACAGUUAAGAUAUUUUCUGAAAAAUCAAUCAAAAUGAAGUGAGUUUUGCUUAAAACAAGAAAAAGGAAAAAAAGCCAACGGUGGCAGAAAAAUAAACUUAAUUCAAAGAAGGAAAAAUUGCAUAUAUAUAUAUAUAUAUAAAAUAUAGAAAUAUAUUAUAUUAAUAUAUAAUUAUUAUAUAUUAUUCUACACAAAAAUCGCUUGAUUUUGAUAAAUUCUUCAAAAAACAAGACUUAAUAUCUCAAUUAAUUUUGCUUUUCAAACGUAUCCUCAUUUAAAAAAAAAUUUAUAUUUCUGAAAAACAAACAAACCAAAAAAAAAUAAAAAGAUGAGGAAGAAAAUUAAUUUUUGCAUUCAGGCUUUUUAAAUAAUAAUAGUAAUAAUAAUAAUUCCCAGAAAACCCCAUUGUCGAUUAUUGCCCCUAAUGUUGUUACUGUAAUAUAGUAAUUUUCAUUAUAGUAAAUUUAAAUUAAAUUAAAUUAAAUUAAAUUAAAUUAAAUUAAAUUAAAUUAAAUUAAAAUAGUAAUUAUAUAAAAAUAGUAAAUAGUAAUUAUAUAAUUAUUUUUUGUUUGCAUUAUGAUAAUGAAAAUGACACAUGUUCUUCUUCGUGAGAUUCAUCCAUAACACGUAAAUAACGGCACAGGUUUAAGUUGGCAUUUCGUAGCAGGGUUUUUCCAGCAAACUGAUGUGCGACCGAACAGAAGCACAAAGCACAACACACAUGCAGGACACAUUAGCUGGGUUUGUGAGCACAAUCCUGAAGCACAUUCAAUUUGCAAAAGAACAGGGGCUGGACCACAGCGAUUGUUCUUCAAUGGUUCAGAAACAACUCAGGAUGAUGUGACCGAAGAACAUGCAUCUCACGAGCAUCUCAACACUGUAAUUACAAUCUCACGACUGUAAUUAUAUUAUGCAUUGAAAAACCAAUCACAAGUGAACUGGCAAUGGUGAUCAGGGCCUUUACAAAGAGUUUAAGAGGAAAAUCUCCACACCAAUGUCUGCCAGUUUAGUUUUCCCAAAGUGUGCAUGCCUCCUCGUAGUUUUAGCUCCACACUCUCGCUCUUUUAUUCACUCAUCUCUUGUCUGCAUUUAUUACCGAUGGACAGAGCCGGUAAGCAGUUCUCUCCCGGGCUACUCUUGGAUCACUCAAAACGGACACUGAAGACUUUUUGUAUUUAUUUGACAAAUCGACACCAAAGAAACUUUUUCUGCACCUAACACGAACACUGUUCAAAGGAAAAAGUGACGACGACAAAGUGGAACGCCAAGCCGUCGUCUUUCUUGGAUUGGGAUCGGUGGAGACAUUGGAAGCAGAAUGGGAUCGGAAGGGGAAUGGAGAAUGAUGCGUCUCUCAAAAACACAAGUCGAAGAUUGUCUUUCAUGUGUGCCUAUGCAGUUUUUUUCAACCAGAAUGGAAAGAACAGCAAAAACCUCAUCAGCUACAAUACCAAAGAUUUUAAGAGUUACUCCCUCCACAGUUCCCUUCAGUUUCCCGAGGAAGGGCUCGCAGCGGUGCUUCUCUCCAUCACGGGACGAAUAGGGGUCAGCGUUUGGUUUUUUAAUCCAUUUUGCAGCUAAAACUAAAGGUGUAACUCAGCCUGAUGGGCAUACCAAAGAUAAACGCCUUUAAGCACAUGCAACCUCACUCUUUCCCAUUUUCCCAAGCUGGACCACUCAUCAUCUUGUAGUUUUGAGCUCAUAUCCCAUCGUAGUCCACCGACAACCCACUUCCACCAAUUCAAACAUCAUCCAUCCAUCAUUUCCCAACAUAUGCACGCUUGUUUCCAAGCAUUGACCUCCGAGUCCUGUGUUUGAGAGAGCUGUUGAAGCACCGCUGCGGCCGGUUCCAUCAUCUAAAAAGCCAAUAAUCUGCCAAAAACACUAAUGUAAUCUCAUCUGUAAAGAGGAAACUGCAGACUGAAGGUCAUAUAGCUUUAUCUUUAAGGUUUCUCUCUUUAAAAGCUUCUAGUCCAAAGAUUCUCCAACGCCUCUUGGUUGGAGCUCCAUCCGCUCUUCACAACAGUCAGGUUUUUAGCAACACGAGCCAAAGAGCUUUCCUUUGAUUGUCUAAGUACUUAUAUUUUGCCAAUGCCUCUUCAAUGUCUAACCCAGGUUUUGCAAUAUGUGAUUUAUUUAUGUAAUUUAUAUUUGUAAUGAUUGAACUUAAUUUAAAUGGCCUUUUAUCCUGAACAGCUUGCCAAAGUCUACAUUUACUUUGUUUGCAUCAGACGUAUUUAUUAUGACUGGUAUGCAUAGGUUAUUGUUUUUUUCCCCUGAAUUCUUUAAUUUUAUUAGAUUAGACUUGAUUGAUUAUUUAAGACUGCUAUUGCAUCAAAGAUGAAGUGCUUCUCUUAAUUUAUUUGUUAGCUUUAAUUUAAAAAGUAAAAAAACAAUCUUUCUGACUGGCCGUUUGUGAGCAAUUACACAGUUCUGUUGAAGGACGAUUCAGAUGCAGGACUCACCAAAGAUAAAUCCCACGGAUGCUGAGAAGACGUUCAUUCAUUGCUUCACUCGUAGAAGGACGUAGAGGAAUCCCUUAAAAACUAGAAAAAGCUGCUUCCAAGACGGACUUGUGUGUGUGUGUGUGUAUAAAAGUCUUUCUAUCUCUAUAGUGAGAACCACAGAGGCUACCUCACUGAGUUUUCCAUUUGUAAUUUUAACCGUGUUGAUGAAACCAAAGAUACCAAAGAUUUCUUUUUCUCGAGUACGGUCUGCGCUUGACGCCAUGCUUUGGAUAUUUUGAUAACACCACUCUCUCUUUUUCCUCUUCUUCCUCUUUCAGACACGAGCUCCUCCUCUCUUUGGAAAAAUAAGUGCAAUGGAGCGGAUGAGACUCGUGUCGAGCUGUAGAUUUUAGUGCUGUGCAUUUCUUAUGGUCUCUUACCGGUCAGAUUCUAAAAGACCUUGAUGCAAAAAGAGAAACAUCAACAGAAACAUCAACAUUAUCUUUAAUAAAACGCACAUUGAAAUGCAUGGAAAUAUUCACCUUAUUGAUGGCUUGUUCCAGUCAAAUUUAAACUGCAAAAGUGGCAUUAAUAAAUGCAUUUAUACAGCAAUUGCAACUCUAUACUGUAAUACUGGGGGGGAUUAAGGUGAAUCAGAACAUGCAUAAUUUCGUCUGGCUUUUAUGCAUCAUUGCAUCUUUACACUAAAUUUUAAGCAGGUUUAGAACAGGCUUAACUCUGCAGGAUGAUUCACGCACCAAGCUCAAAUUUACACUGCAAAGGUGGCACAGAAGCGCCUCUGAAGUGGCAUUGAAGUGUCUUUACCCAAUGCUGCUCAGAGGCGGCAUAAAUGCUUUUGCACAGAAAUUACAGCUCUAUACUGUAAUACUAGGGGCUAAAGUGGCUCAGGCAUAAUUUAGUCUGGCAUUUAUGCAGCAUUGCAUCUUUACACUAAAUUUUAAGCAGGCUUAGAGCAGGCUUAACUCAAAAUGCUGAACGAUGCACACACUUUGCUUUAAUAUCUAUGCCACAUACUUUGAUCCCGCAUAAAUGCAUUUUUGUCAUAUGCAUUUAAUAGGAAUUUCCAACUCCCUAAACUUAAGGCAUCUUUGCACAUCAAGGUUAAGGCUGCUUUAUGCAAGCUCAGUAAUUCAGCAAUGCUGCAUUAAAGCCAGACUAAAUGAAGCCACAUCAGCCCCUAGUAUUGCCAGUUCUAAGUAGUAUUAAACAGUCGAUGUAAAGACACUUAAAAGCCACUUCAGAAGCGCUUUACAGCGGAAAUGUAACAUUAAAGAAAAACAACUUUCACUCCAAAUUUGCUUGUAACAGCGUUGGUGUUUCUGUGCACGACGAACUCUAAAACCAAAGAGCAAAUCGAAUCAUCUCAUAACAGACCGAAGGGUCUACUCCAUCCCAAGUAAUGUCCCUCAACCCCGACAAAGACGUAGAGACCGCUUUUACUGCAAAGUGUGAGAUAUUGUUGGAUGAGUGCCUUGCUUAAACCAAAGCGAAGUUUGACCUCUGUUUCUUUUUCUGUGAGUACCUCAGCGACAGGAAAAUCCUGCGAGACGCAGUUUUUAUGGUGCUUUGCAAUGCAAUACUGCAAAGAACAAAGGCUUUCUAAACUUUCCCUUUUCCUUCUUUUGAAUGGUUGCAAAGCUUUAAAUAAGAAAAAAAGAAACUUCAUGUCGAGGGCGCAGACCGUGCUUUUCUUACCAAAUUUUUCUCGGAUAUACCUCAUAGAAGAUAGUGUUAGGGUAUUGUUAUUAUAGCAUAUGUAUUAAAUUAUUCGCUCACUCUUAUUUUUUAGUAACUGUGACUUGACAAACCAAGAAAAAGAGCUUUAUGCAUCUUAAGUUGUGAUCUUUUUGUAAUAGCUGAGGUUCGCUUAUAUACCAAAAAAAAAGAAAAUGCUUGUCUUUUUGUCUCUUGUUAAUGUGACAGCGCUCACAAAUGUAUUGUGGUGCAAGUUUUAAAGUUUUUUCUUUUCCAUUUUUGUGAAGGGUGGCUCAUAUUCUCAACAAAGAUAUUAUUUUUGGAUCAGGAAUGGUUGGUUGCUAGAAUGAGCCUCGAGUUUACAUUUUCCAAUGGAUUGUACCACUUCAAUUUCAUUUUACAUCAUGCAUUUACUCCUUUUAUUCUUCACGUGAAAAUGUAGCAUUGUAGCCAUCAUUCAAUGCCAUAGCCUUGAUUUAUGCACGAGUAUCAUUACGGUUCUAGCUAGCGUGCAAUGCAUUGUCAAUAGCUUUUGAGUUUGGAUCUCCCAUUCUCACAAACAGCUGUGUUGAACACCACUCAAAUUUCACUCCCAAAUUGGACUUUUAUUGAAUCAUUCUGCUCUAGAUGCAUCUGCAACACCAAUCCUGUCCAAUAAUACAACAACUAAACAUGGAAAGUCCUCUGAUAGAGUUGAAAUGUACCAGACAAUCUACUGCUAAUGUGAAAACACUUUGAGAACUGAGUUAAACGCAUCUAUUAUGGAGUGUAUUCCCAAGAUCUGCUUUUUUUUAUUCAAACUGAAAAUGGAUUGGAAAUGGAUUAUUUUCUUUUUCGGUUUCAUCGUUUUGUUCAUUUGUUGGUUUUUAAAUCAUGUUCAUGUAAAAAUGGAUUGAUGGAAAUCAAGAAGGAAAAUUUAUAAAAUUUUUGUUUUGCAUUCAUGAUCAAAGUCUUUGAAACAUUCAAAGUUCAUGUUCUUCCACAAAAUGUUUGACCAUAAAUAAAGAGAACAAGUGAUUUUA